CCAAGAUGGCGGCGGCCGUCUCUCCUUUCAGCGGGGUCGUACAGCUGACGGACCUGGACGACUACAUCGGGCCCUCGCAGGAAUGCAUCAAACCUGUCAAGGUUGAAAAGAAGCCUGGGAAAGCAGCCACGAAGAUCCGGAUUGAAGAUGAUGGGAGUUACUUCCAGGUGAAUGAGGAUGGAGAAUCACAGAAGCUGGAAAAAGCCAAAAUUACUCUGAAUGAUUGCUUGGCUUGUAGUGGUUGCAUAACAUCAGCUGAGAGUGUCUUAAUUACACAGCAGAGCCAUGAAGAACUCUACAAAGUGUUAAAUGCCAACAAGGUAUUUGAUUCUGCUUCCCAGAAGUUGGUGGUGGUCUCUGUCUCCCCACAAUCCAGAGCUUCACUGGCUGCAAGAUAUAAACUGACUCCUUUAGACACAGCCAAGAAGCUGACGGCAUUCUUUAAAAGAUUAGGGGUACACUUUGUUUUUGACACAACUUUAUCCCGGAACUUCAGCCUUCUGGAGAGCCAGCGAGAGUUCGUGCGCCGCUUCCGGAGGCGAGCAGAGGACGAACGGGCUCUUCCCAUGUUGGCUGCUGCCUGCCCAGGUUGGAUCUGCUAUGCUGAAAAAACCCACGGCAGCUUCAUCAUCCCUUACAUCAGCACAACUAAGUCGCCCCAGCAGGUGAUGGGCUCCCUGGUCAAGGGCCACUUUUCAGAACGGCAGCGCUUGAGGCCUGACCAGAUCUAUCAUGUGGCCGUAAUGCCCUGUUAUGACAAGAAGCUGGAAGCUUCCCGGCCCGAUUUCUUCAUCCAAGAGCAUCAAACUCGGGAGGUCGACUGUGUGAUUACGACAGGAGAAGUGUUGAAGCUGUUGGACCAAGAAGGAAUUUCCCUUCCCGAUAUGGAGGCUGCCCCCUUGGACGGCAUAUGCAGCAGCCUUCCUGAAGAACAGCUCCUUGGCCAUGCCGGAGGUGGUUCUGGGGGCUACCUGGAGCACAUCUUCAGGCAUGCAGCGAUGGAGCUUUUUGGGAUCCAAGUGGACAAACUGGAGUAUAAGCCCUUGAGAAACAAAGACUUCCAGGAAGUAACUCUGGAGAAGGAUGGUGAAAUCCUGUUGCGCUUUGCCCUGGCUUACGGCUUUCGGAACAUUCAGAACUUAGUGCAGAAACUGAAGCGAGGGAAAUCACCGUACCACUAUGUUGAAGUCAUGGCUUGCCCUUCAGGGUGCUUAAAUGGAGGGGGCCAACUCAGAGCUGAUGGCGAAGCCAGCAAAGAUCUGCUGCAUCAGGUUGAAAGGCUGUACGAGGCGGUCCAGCUGGAAAAGCCAGAGAUGAACAAGGAUGUCUGCAGGCUGUAUGAACAAUGGCUGGGAGGCCCCGAAUCAGAGCAGGCGUGGCAGGCCCUGCACACCCAGUACCACCCAGUGGAGAAAACGAACACUGCCGUGUUUAACAUCAAGUGGUGAUGGGGAGGGCACUCGAGUGCUUGGACCAGGGUUCCGAUGCUUUGCGGGGGGGGGGGGGGUGUCCGAAAGGCAGCCGGGGACGCGAGAGAGGUAUUGGGGGCGAGGACAGGAUCACUCCAAAGAGCUGAGUGAAAAUGAGGGGAAUGGAGAACGGGGGGGGGGGCCUUGUGCCCCCUGCAUCCCCCUUCGAGGCAGGUUCCGGCAUGGAUUUGUUCCCCAGCUCUUGUCCUGCUCUUGGCACCAUCAGGAAAUUGCCCCCCGAGGAGCUCUGAAAAGGGCAAUCCCUGCCCCAUAGGACAGGACUGCUGGGAGUCCCUCUGGCCUUGCUGUUUGUUUCAGGAAAUGCCCGCUGCUGCCGCCGCCCCCCCCCCCCCCCCCGAAGCUGCCCUGCUGUCACCCUGCAGGGCGGGGGGGGGGGGAAAGAAGUGCGUGGCCAGCACCCCAUGGGGCUUGUUUGGCCCUGAACAUGCAGUUUUCACCUGCCUGCACACCUGAGUGGCAUGUUGGCUUUCCCCGAGUCCACAAACCAUUUUUAGAUGUUCCUUUAUUAAAUAGCGAAGGAAAGCACUGGCAGUUAGUAAGUGGAGCCUGUUGAAGAGUUCACUCGUUUUGCCGGUGUCCAUAAAGGGAUGUGGCUGUUCAGUGUUUGAGGGCUUUACUUUGUCUGUGGGAAAGGGCCCAAGUCCCCUCUCAGACGCCAGCACGGCUUCUGUGUUCAGCCUCUUUGGGCUGCCAGAAGUUGGCCUUUGCCUUGCAGAGAGCAGUGAAGGCCUCUGGGGAAAUGACUUCCUGGUGAACGUCAGGAUGUCCUCCCUCUCCAAAAGAGUAAGUUUGUCCUCCUCAGUCCAUAAAGAGGUACCAGUGGGAUGCCAAAGUAGGGGAGAAAUCGGAAGGGGGAAAUGCUUGGGCGUCUGUCUCUCCCUUGUCCCUCGCCACGUCUCUCUCAUUCUCACUUUCCCUUUGUCUCUGCUUCUGCUCCAUCCACUCCCUUUCUCUUUAGGCCGCUUAGCCUCAGUCUCCACCCCUCCUCUUUAGCUAUCUUUGCCACUCCUCCUUCCUCUUUCCUGGUGUCGUCUCUCUCAGAGCUGCCCCCUUUCUCUUUCCAUUUUUCCUCUUCAUUCUGUCUUGUCCUCUUAUUCUCUUCCUGUUCCUCUUCUCCCUCUCGUUGUCUCUGCCUCUGCCCAUCUUUCUCUUUGUUUCCGUCUCCCCAUCUCCUUCUGUCUUCACUUCUGUUUCCCUAACUACUUCCCCUGAUGCCUCCUCCCCAAACUGUAUUUUUGGGGGGUGGGGAGGGUCUUCCCAGUUGACAACAGGCAAGUCCCACUCUGUCUUUUUCUUCUUCUUUCUGUCCGAUACAAGGGGGGAGGGAAAGGGUGGCCCUGUGUAUGUCUCUGUGUGACGGUAACUGGAAUCUGUUCAGUUCCUUCAAAUGGUACCAAGAAAUUGGUAGAUUUCUUUGGUUUUUUUGUGUUCUUCUUAAUGAAAGAUAUUUUUAAAUAAUGAUGUGGGUCUGUCUCAAGUGCAACAAACUGAAACCUUUUCUCCAAGCCGUACCUUAAGGCAGCCAGCCACUUUUUAAAGUAGCCAUAGCAAACAACUUUUUUCCCGUUAAGAAUAUACCUUGAGAGCUAAAAUUCCUUCUCUGCCUAAACGGUACACCUGUGUGUGUGUGAUAUAUGUAUAGCGAGAGACCGCGAGGGAGCACGCACACCAUUUUCUAUGUUGACAGAAGCAGGAGAGCUCUUUCAGUGGUUCCCCCGGGGGGGUCUGGAAUAGGCAUCUCUGUAUUAUUGGGUGGCACCUUUGGCACCAGGUUCACAGAGGGGCAAGCCCCAUUCCAUUUGUCACACCAGAAACACACCAUAGGAACUCACGGCACUAGCAAAUGAAUGGCAUAAUUUUUGAAUAUAUUUUCAAUGCCAUAGUUUUAAAUGGUAAACCAACUUGAACAGGACUUGGAAGUGACAGCAUAGAAGUAUCCCACCUAAAAAAUGAGCUCUUUUCAGCAGAUGCAACUGGCUGAGGACAGAUUCCAAACAGGCAAUUGGGCACAGCUCAGUUAGUGGUCCCCCCCCCCAAAACAAUAUCCAAGGCAUCUUUCAUUCUCUUGCCACUUAAACACACCCAGCCAUCUCCCAUUGCCAGCAACAUGCAGGCCAAGAUGUUGACUUUAUUUUUCCUUCCUGUGAUAAUGUAAUCUGUUAUCUACAUGCAAUGUGUUAUCCACUUUGGUGUCGUGGUUAAAAGUGGCAGGACUCUCAUCUGGAGAAUCGGGUUUGAUUCCUCAUUCUUCCACUUGAAGCCAGCUGGGUGACCUUGGGUCAGUCACAGCUCUCUCAGCCCCACCCACCUCACAGGAUGAUUGUUGUUGUAGGGAUAACAAUAACACACUUUGUAAACCGCUAAGUGGGUGUUAAGUUGUCCUGAAGGACGGUAUAUAAGAACAUAAGAGAGGCCAUGUUCGAUCAGGCCAAUGGCCCAUCCAGUCCAACAAUCUGUGUCACACAGUGGCCAAAAACCAUCUAUAGCUUGUGGCUAAUAGCCACUGACGCCCCUUGUAAUGAUUUCAAGAAAUGGGUGCAUGUAUCUUUAAAUGCUUGGUUUGAGCUAGGUGAAGGGUGGAGGUGAGAGGAAUGAGUGAGCGAUAUGAUUGGUUGACUGAGAUUGUGGGCAGAGUGAAUGCAGUUUAGACUGGGGAAAAGGUGGCUGUCAGAAGAAAGCAGGCUGGCUGGGUGCUGCCUGAAUAUGUUGAAGUGUUUAUGAGAGAAAUAUAACCUGUGUAGAACCUGAACUGAGCAUGUUUGUGAAAGGACACUCAGUCAGGGAAAGAGGCCAGCUGUGUGAAUGAGAGUAAAUGAAGAACCGAGAACUACGUUUAUGAAACCGAUACGCUUCUUGACUAAAUAAAAGUUUAUUUUUGUUUUGUUA